AUGACGCUGAUUCCAUCUUCGGUGCCAAGCACUGCAGCUGUUCUGGUCCUUACUGAGAACGAUCUGGCUGGUGUUGACCUUCCACCUCAGUCUAGCUUCGCCGCGCUCGAUAUUGUAAAUGGUCCUAGAGAAAACAUAAAGCAUGAUCACUACGACCACGUUUGCGUGUUAGCGAGAAGCGAAGAUGCCCUCAAAUCACUUUGCCAUGUUGCUUACGCUGCGGCGAAGGUUGGGGCGAAAAUUUCUGUACAAGGAGCAGAGCUGCCGUCCUCAGCGCUGCUCAAAAGGAUUCGCAUGGCCGGUUUCGUCGUCGACGAAGCAAUUUCAACCCAAGGAGCUACAGCGAUGGGCAUUAAGCCGUCAUUUGAUGGGCAAAGUGUUCCAUUGAAACUUCCAUCCGCAGGGCAUAAGGUUAACAUCGAUGACGACGACAUUGUGGAUGAAGAUGCGCUUCUGGAGCCUGAAGAUCUGAAAAAGCCUACAGAGGGAGACCUGAAAGUCGAAUGCGGCGAGAAAGAAGGGAAGAAAAGACGAGCAUGCAAGAAUUGUACCUGCGGACUAGCAGAACAAGAAGAAGCUGAGAAAAUUGCUGAGCCACGUAAGGGUGGUUGUGGUAACUGUGCGCUUGGCGAUGCUUUCCGCUGUGCGACAUGCCCAUAUCUAGGAAUGCCACCGUUCAAGCCAGGAGAGACUGUGAAGCUUGCUACAGUGGAUGAUUUUUGA